CACUUGACUUCCGGGUGGCCGUGUGACCAACUUCUCAAAAUCUCAAUCUUUUUUUGCAGACGAUAAUCAGGUUUUCUCGACAUUUGUGCCCCCAUAGCAGCAUGAUUUUUUGCCUCUGAUAAGGAGAAUUGCUGAGUUGAUUCUUCAUUUCAAGAUGCAGAGUUUGGUGAACAGUGUGAAGGGCACUGCGCUGAAUGUUGCAGAGUUUCUGACGCCAGUUUUGAAGGAAUCCAAGUUCCGGGAGACUGGCGUCAUAACGCCGGAGGAAUUCCUGUGUGCUGGUGACCACAUGGUCCAUCACUGCCCGACCUGGCAAUGGGCGGCCGGAGAUCCUAGCAAAAGUAAACCAUACCUGCCCAAGGACAAGCAGUACCUGGUGACCAAGAAUGUGCCGUGUCAUAAACGCUGCAAGCAGAUGGAGUAUCAGGAGGAAAACGAGGCAAUCAUUGAUGAGGAGGACGGUGAUGGUGGAUGGGUGGACACUCACCAUUAUGCAGACCAAUCAGCAGCGCAGACGGAGACCACAGAGAUGACGGGCGCAAAGGAAAAAGAGCCAACGAAGACGACUGACGCAGACGAUGAUGAAGAUGAUGAUGAAGAAGCUGAAGACAUGGAAGCCUAUGAGGAGAGUGGUAUGUUGGAAGCUGAAGACAGUGCCGUCUUAGAUACCACCAAGCUACAGAAGGAGGAAGGUGCAUCGGGGGGAGACAGCGGUAUCCUACAAACGCGCACCUACGACUUGAACAUCACGUAUGACAAGUAUUACCAGACACCCAGGCUGUGGCUGUAUGGAUAUGAUGAGAAUCGUAAGCCGUUGACUGUUGAGCAGAUGUACGAGGACAUUAGCCAGGACCACGUGAAGAAGACGGUGACAGUGGAGUCCCAUCCCAACCUCCCACAGACCAUGUGCUCAGUUCACCCAUGCAGACACGCUGACGUUAUGAAGAAAAUCAUCCACACUGUUGCUGAUGGAGGUGGUGAAUUAGGCGUCCAUUUAUACCUUCUUAUCUUUCUCAAGUUUGUCCAAGCUGUCAUUCCAACUAUAGAAUAUGACUACACUCGUCAGUUUACCAUGUGAUGUGCGCAGAGAGAAACCAACAAAGCAACCAAACACAAAAAAUUGGCCUGUCUGUAUACGGUAUGCAAUUAUUAAAAAGAAAAGGAAACAAAGCAUGAAUGUCGUGUAUCAAGUUCUAAUCUGCUUGUAAAACUUUUAAGGAGUCAUUGCAAAACUUGCACAGCUUGGAAGCACACAACGAAAUUGUGCACAAUUGAAGCAAAAAUCCAGGGAAAAUAUUAAGAAGUUAUCAGCAAGCAACGAAACCUCCGAAGAUGAACUGUCAAUAUAAUGUAUGCAAUUCAAAAACAAACAAUCAUAAAGCCUGAAUGUUUUGUAUCAAGUUACGUCCGCUCGUAAGCUUUUAAUGGAUCCAGUUGUUGUAGUAACUUGCAUAACUUGAAGGCUCACACCAAAAUUGUGCACAAUUGAAGCAAAAAUCCGGGGGGGAGGAAUAUUAAGCUAGUGCAUUAAUAUUUGUGUCAGUUGACCUCUGCUCCUUUAAAUUGUAGUCGUAUUUGAUGUAAAAAGAGUCAAAUGAAACACUGCAUUUUGAAAAUCAGUCAUAAUAGGGCUGUCCCGAAAAUGCCGACUAUACCAAAUAUUCAUAGGGCUGUUUGCUGAUUUGAAAUUUGAAGG